UCAGUGUUUAGUUUUUACAAGUAUUUGAACAGGAAGUUGCGUGAUUGUGUCAGAAGGAAAAUCACCCACCGAUUAGUGGAGUGCCAGCGUCACCGCCAUGGCCACUGACUUCAAAUCCAUACCCAUAAUCGAUGUUGCUCCUCUUUUGGCAAAGUCCGAUGAUCCCGAAAUGGCGCAAGACCCAGGUGUGUCCUCAGUUGUCAGACAAUUAGACCAAGCCUGUAGAGAAUCCGGAUUCUUCUAUGUGAAGGGGCAUGGUAUUCCAGAUUCACUUCUCAAAGAAGUUAAAGAAUUGAUUCGCAAGUUUUUUGAACUUCCUUAUGAAGAAAAACUCAAGAUCAAGAUGACUCCAGAAACUGGGUACAGAGGAUAUCAGAGACUUGGAGAAAAUGUGACCAAGGGCACACCUGAUAUGCAUGAAGCAAUCGAUUGCUAUAGAGAAAUGAAGCCAGGGAUGUAUGGAGCUGUUGGCCAACCUAUGGAAGGAUCUAAUGAAUGGCCAGCCAAUCCUUCAAACUUUAAACAACGGAUGGAGGAGUAUGUCCGCCUUUGCACAGAUCUUUCUAGAAAAAUUUUGCGGGGAAUUGCUCUGGCAUUGGGUGGCUCGGCUGAUGAACUUGAAGGUGAAAGAGCAGGAGAUCCAUUUUGGGUGAUGCGUCUAAUUGGUUACCCAGGUGUACACAAUGCAAAUGGCAAAGACAUGCCAGAAAACGGCAUUGGAUGUGGGGCUCAUACUGACUAUGGUUUGUUGACAUUGGUUAAUCAGGAUGAUGAUAUACCAGCACUUCAGGUGAGAAACGUAUCAGGUGAGUGGAUAUGGGCUGUUCCCAUCCCAGGCACAUUUGUCUGCAACAUUGGAGAUAUGUUAAAGAUUUUGUCCAAUGGUUUGUAUGAAUCAACCCUGCAUCAAGUUAUCAACAACUCUCCAAAAUAUCGGGUCUGUGUAGCUUUCUUUUAUGAGCCAAACUUUGAUGCUGCAAUAGAACCCCUGGAUAUUUGUAAACAGAGGACUGAUGGAACUAUGAAAUUUGAAAGAGCCGUUUAUGGAGAGCAUUUGGUUAACAAAGUUCUAACAAAUUUUGGUUAGGAACUGAAAUUUUAUCCUUCUCAUUUUGUUGUACAAGGUUGCUAAUAAUACCUCAAGUUGUAUCGACCUGAGGAGGUUUAUAUGGAAAGUUGGAAAACUAAGGCUUUGUUAGGUUAUGUCAGAGAUGUUAUUUAUCGUUUCAACAUUCCUUCCAUCUGUGCUUGUUAUUACAAAAAAAUGUCUUCUUAGUUGAAAUUUGUUCUGCUUA